UCAUUCUUGCUGAUAAAAAUCAUGAGAGAGAGAGAGAGAGAGAGGCUUAUCUAACUGAGCAGGAAUUACUUCCUUUCUGAAAGUUUCAAAAAGCAGCAUCAAAUGAAAAUGGCAACAGUAUCACACUUGAAGGUGGGCCUCAAUGAAUUGGCACUAAGAGGUUCAGUGCCAAGGCUUCACUUAUGUAGGAGAAAAAGGCGGCAAAGGUUCGCACGGAAAUCACUAUUUUUAGGUUAUUUGGAGAGGGUUGCAGCUCCUCAGAUUGUCUCCUCUCAAGCUCCAGCAAUGUCUCCACAAACUAAGGACCAAAUGCCUCUUACAGAGAAGGAAAAAAUGCUAGCAAACUAUGUACCUGUGUACGUGAUGCUCCCAUUAGGUGUGAUCAAUCAACAGAAUAAAAUCGAGCAGCCUGAAGAACUCAGAAAGCAACUAAAGCAACUGAGAGCAGCAGAUGUGGAUGGUGUGAUGGUGGAUGUAUGGUGGGGCAUCGUUGAAGGCAAAGGACCAAAGGAAUAUGAUUGGAGUGGUUAUAGAAGUUUAUUUCAAAUGGUCAAGGAAGAAGCUUUGAAGUUGCAGUGUAUAAUGUCUUUUCAUCAGUGUGGUGGAAAUAUUGGGGAUGUUGAUAAUAUUCCGAUACCAAAAUGGAUUCGUGAAAUUGGGGAGAUAAAUCCAGAUAUAUACUACACAAACAGAAGGCGUGUGAGGAAUCCAGAGUGCCUAAGCAUUGGAGUGGAUAAUCAGCCACUUUUCCAUGGGCGCACAGCUGUGGAGUUAUACAGUGAUUACAUGAAGAGCUUCAGAGAGAACAUGUCAGAUUUUUUAGAUGUCUGUCUUAUAACAGAUAUAGAGGUGGGCCUUGGUCCUGCUGGAGAAUUAAGGUACCCCUCCUAUCCCCGCAACCAGGGAUGGGUUUUCCCGGGCAUGGGAGAAUUCCAGUGUUACGACAAAUACUUCCAAGCCGAUUUCAAAGAGACAGCAACAAAGGCAGGGCACCAUGAAUGGGACUUGCCAAAUGAUGCAGGAGAGUACAAUGACAUGCCGAACUCCACCAAAUUCUUUGGAUUGAAUGGCACAUACCUUCAAGAAGAAGGCCAAUUUUUUCUAACAUGGUACUCCAACAAGUUAAUAAAACACGGGAAUCAGAUACUUGAGACAGCUAACCAAGCUUUCCUGGGCUGCAAUCUUAAGCUCGCAGCAAAAGUUUCGGGAAUACACUGGUGGUAUAGAGCUGAUAGCCAUGCUGCAGAGCUCACUGCAGGAUACUACAACUUGAAGGUUCGAGAUGGUUACAGACCCUUGGCAAGAAUGCUAUCAAGACACAAUGCUAUUCUUAACUUCACGUGUGUUGAGAUGAGAAACUCUGAACACAUUGAAGAAGCUAAGAGUGCACCUGAGGAACUUGUUCAACAGGUGUUCAGUGCUGCUUGGAGGGAGGAAAUAGAGGUGGCAUGUGAGAAUGCACUAAAUCGGUAUGACAGGAAAGCAUAUAAUCAAAUACUGAAGAGCGUGAGGCCCAAUUUUGGCAAUCAAAAUGAAUCUGUGAAGCAUAGAGUUGCAGCAAUGACUUAUCUCCGCCUGUCAGAUGAACUGUUGAGGAAAAAGAAUUUCAGAAUUUUCAAGAUAUUUGUAAGAAAAAUGCAUGCUGACCAGGAUUACUGCCCAGAUCCUGAGAAGUAUUUCAAUCCAAUGAAACCCGUGGAAAGAUCAAAACCAGAGAUGUCACUUGAAAAUAUUCUAGAAGCAACAAAACCAAUUGAGCCCUUUCCCUUUGAUGCAGACAGGAACAUGACUGUGGGUGGAGAUUUGGAUGAUUUUGCUGAUUUCAUGCAUGAUUUUUUUGACAGGUUAGUAUCUGUAUUGAAGUAAACAGUCCUGUUAUGCAAAUCAAGCUAGCAAAGUGCUCGUAAAUAAGAAAUACUCGCACAAGAAAGCUUGACAGCUAUUGGGGUCUCCAACAGUGGGGUGAAAUAAUCAGUCAAGUUUCAACUUUCAACCCCUUACCCUCGUAAAAUAAUGAUAGUAUACUAGAGUUCCAGAAGAACUUUCAUAAAGGAAAGCCUGAUCAUCUCGUUAAUGGUGUUUUUUAUCUCUUCAACCAAUGUUGUAAUGAGGAUUAGGAAUGUGUAUAUGUUUCAUUUCUUGCCAUGGUCUGCGGGCCUAUGUUCCCAUUUAGAGAAGAAAAGGAUCCUCCGUGAAUUCUCAUCAAAUACAGCAGGACAAACACCAAAAAUUUAUGUUUGAAUGUAGUGACUCUACAUUAAGAUAAACAUUGUCAUUACACUUAAGGAUCUUGGUAAUGUGUCCAUAUCGGUUAAUUCUGUGCCAAUUCUUGAUGAAAGUAUAUUGACAAACCAUCAAUUAGAUUCUCUGAAGCAAUAAACAGGGUAACCAUGACAACCUAAAACCCAAGUAUUUGAGAUGUAAUAUCCCCCAUACACAUUAAAGCUGCAAGAAGCCUAUUAUAAAAUUUGAAGUAAAUGAAAUUAACUUAAAAUCUUAUUUCAGCAGAAAAUUGGUUACUUGCCUCCA